UACAUAUCAAUUCGUAGUUGCUGAAUAAAUACCGGUUCAACUACAGAUUUCGUUAGUCAUUGACGAAAACCAUUUACGCUUCAGUUUGCCGUGCCUCAAGUCAUAUAAAGAUGGACAGCACUACAACAGCGCUGGUUGCUGCAGUGACGGGAGCUGUGACGACGGCGACCGCCUACGCGUACUACCAGCGGGACUGGCUGAAGGACCAGUGGCUGGCCUUCAUCUCUCCCGUCAUCUACAACUUUCUGACGGGGACAACCAGGGAACAGCGCGCUCUCAAGUACCUCAAGGAGCAUGCCCGGGAGGGAGACCCUGACAGCGUCCUGGCCACUUUUGACGAGUUCUGCAGAACCCAGGAAUGGGCCAUGAACGCGGCGGAGGAGAAAGGCGAGAUCCUGGACGAAAUAGUGCGCGAGCUCCAGCCGACAACAUGCCUGGAGCUGGGGACGUACUGCGGCUACUCGGCGGUUCGCAUCGCUCGGCAGUUGUCUCCCUCCGCCCGCCUCAUCACCGUGGAAGUCAACCCGGAUUAUGCCGCCGUGGCCAGGGAGGUCGUGAAGCUCGCCGGGCUUCAGGACAAGAUCGAAGUCAUCAACGUUGACAGUGCUGACGUCAUCCGGGAGCUCAAGCAAACCUAUGACGUCACGAAGCUGGACCUGGUGUUUCUGGACCACUGGAAGUACCUCUACAUCCGGGACAUCAAAAUCAUCGAGGAAGAAAAGUUGCUGAAGAAGGGAUCUGUUGUUUUCGCAGAUAACGUCAUCAUUCCUGGAGCUCCCGGCUACUUAGAGUACAUAAGGGGCUCGAAGGAUUACAAGUCUACUUUCUACUCUGUACAUUUCGAGUACAUGGAUGACAUGAGGGAUGGCGUGGAGAAGUCAGUGUAUGUUGGGGAUGAGUAAAAGUAACGCCAUCUGGCGUGAUUGUAAAAAAUGGCAACUACAGAUGGCGUACCUUUAAUCUUUAACCUCAUUCAUGUGAUAUUUUUAACCAAUAAGUCGCCAACGGUUUGUUUUAAUGCAGUUUAGCUGGUGUACAUUGUAGAUCUUGUAUUAUUGCAUUGGCUUGUGCAAGUGUUUUUAAAAUUACAAAUCCCCGCUAGACAACACAUGUAGCUAUUGUGCGGUAUGAACCAAUUUCUUAUUUACAAUGUGGGAUGUGCAAUGGGCAACAAAGGGGGUAGUGCAAUGUCUACAUUUACAUAUUUCUGUAAUACUAGAUGGACAACAGUGCUCUUCAAACUUUGUGCAGUUUUUAAUAAAACAGUUUUAUGUGGCACUAGA